GAGAGCCCUCCCAGCGCGUCAUCUCCAUCCCUCCGACUACUUCCUGCGAAGCCCCUCUAGGCAGUUACCUGCGGUAUCUAUUGUCCGCACCGCGGCCGCUCUAGCCAGCGGGCGCUGCCUCUAUGACCCGGCGGGGACCGCUGGCGGACCCGUGCCGGUGGGACGGGGGCUGCUGCCGAGCGGUGGAAGAGGGAGCACCCGGGGCGGCCUGAGCAGGGCAGGCCCUGUCCGCGCCGGCUUUCGCUAGGAAGCUGGAGGCAGGGCCCGUCACCCCGUACCCCUGCGGAGUCCCAGCGGCGGCGCAGAGCAUUUUUUGUGAAGAAAUGGCUUCCAGCACUGGAAAUGAAAAGAGUGUGAAUCCUGUGCUCAGAAUAAGUCAACUUGAUGCUCUUGAACUAAACAAAGCCCUGGAACAACUAGUGUGGUCCCAGUUUACCAGCUGUUUUCAUGGAUUUAAGCCAGGGGUGUUGGCUAAUUUUGAACCAGAAGUAAAAGCAUUUUUAUGGCUUAUAUUAUGGAGAUUCACGAUCUAUUCCAAGAAUGCAACCGUGGGACAGGCUAUUCUGAAUAUUCAGUACAAGAAUAACUUAUCUCAGACAGAGAAAUACCAACCUCUGAGCAAACACCAGAAGUUAUGGUACCUUAUUUUCACUGUUGGUGGAAGAUGGUUGGAAGAAAGAUGCUUUGAUUUAUUUAGCAAUCGUCAACUGCAGUCUUCCUGCAAAAUCAAUCGUUAUAUUAACUUUGGAGCUGGACUUCUUAAAUUUUGUGGACUUGUAAACUUUCUGAUUUUUCUUCAGAAAGGAACAUUUGCAACGCUUACAGAACGCAUUUUAGGAAUUAGGUCAGUUUUUUGCAAGCCUCAAGGUGUUCGUCAGUACCAACUUACCUCUCUGAAGGACAGAAAAGAAAGGAAUACACCAGCUCUUCUGCUCACCCGUACUACUUGAUUCCAGUCAAUACCCCUGUGUUGUCAAGGCAUUCUAUAUCCAGAGUCUGUCAACUUGCCACUUCCUAAUUGAAUGCUAUGUAAUUCUUUCAAAAUAAAUAAGAUGCCCAGUAAGCUUUUUACCCAUGUGGAUUUUAUCAGUAUAAGCCUUGUGAAAGCUUCUGCAAUUACCAAAUUAGUAGUAGAUGAAUGUAGUGGCAAAGUCAUCCUUGACAUGCCUAAACAAUAAUUUCAAAUUUGAAUAUUUUAAAUUUGAAUUCCUAGUGUGGUGUUCCACUUCAAAAAGGAAAGGUGUAGGAUGAAUUAUCAUCUCAGCAGGUUGUUUUCAUCAAAUUCAGCUGCCAUAACAGGACAUACACUUUUUCUAACUCAGAAUCACUCUCUUAACAGUAGUCUGUAAGGGUUAAGUGAUCCAUUUGGUAGAGAAGAAACUCCACAGUAACAUGCCUGUAGGAAAUAUAGUCAUUUCCUGCACAAAUGCUGUGCACCUUCUAGACCUUCAUGAGAUGACUGAACUCAUUUUCUUGCUCAGCUAUGCAUCUCUGAUUUUCAGUGACAUAUGUAUGACCACCUCCCACUUCUUCGUUAUAAAGCUGUGGGAGACAGUCCAUCAUCCAUUGGAGUGUUGGCAGCCACCCAAGAUAACCCACAUUCUUCUGAGUCAGAGACACUGGAAAAAGCUAUUUACUCACAAGUUGCUGUCCUUGGGACUUGCCACUCUUCUUUUUUUAGUGUAGUUAAGGAGGGUGACAAACCUCACUAUUAGCUCACUACCACACAGAAAACAGCUCAAACAGUUACGUGCAUGUAGACACUUAAAAAAAAAGUAGGUAACUCUUCCUGUUUUUUACUAUUACUGUUUUCUCUGUUGGCUUUACAAUGCUUUAAUUAUUCCCUCUUUUAAGAGUUUAUCCAUUUAUUCUCUGACCUGGUUUUAUAAGAUUUUUUUUGUUUCUGUUUUGAAACUUGCAGUCAUUUUUUUGACAGGAAGUCUUACCCAGAAGUGUCUCAUUAACACAAAAAUCCAUUGCAUCCUUUUUUGGCUCUUAAAUCAAGUUCUCAAAAAACUUAGGGAGUGAAAUCAAGUAAAUCACGUUAUGAUGGCUGUGUUCUUGAUUGGCUGUCAUCAAUAGUCUGUCCCAAAAAUAGUACGGUAACAACAGAUCGAAUAUCUUUGAUCUACUUUUAUGAAAUGGUUUAUUACAUUCUUUAGUGUCUGAUUAAAACAACCCACCAGCCUAUUUGUUUGAAGAUCUUAAAUUCUAGUUUUUGAUCUUUAGUGACACACAACGCUUUCAUCUUGUGCAAUUAAAUACAGUUAGCGGGUUCAUAAGUAUCUUUGGGCAGCCCAAAACUUCAUUAAUGCUGCUGCUGUUCUGUGAGUCAACAGAGACUUCAGAGCAACUGCUUCCAGAUAAUAUGCCACCAUAUAUUAUUUGCCAUCAAAUGUAUAUAUUCGCAGCCUGCCAAUUUUCUGUUAUUUGCAAUUGCAAUAUGUACCAGCUUGUACACUUCUUAUUAGAAGUAUCAAAGCUGGUGGCAUACCUCUUGUUGGUCCUGAAGCGAUUCUGUUUGAAUUGUCCUUCCACAUCAUUUAAUUGCUCUUCCUGAGCUAAUGUAUUAGCAACCCUGACUUUGAGGUGAUCUAAUGUCUCCAGAAAGGGUCGUCAGCAUUCCUACUACCUCUCUCUUUAACUGGCCUUAAUUGAUUAAGAUGUACGCAUCCCGUGAUUGUGUUUUAUGAUAAUAGCAGACCUUAGUUUUGUCUGGACUCUUCAUUCCAUCUGAAGUCACAGUACAGUAGUGUGUCACAAGAGCAUGGAUUUUCUUUAUUGAACUCUGUUAGGUAUCAUGUUCUUUUCACAUAGGAGUUGAUUUUUUUCCUAUUUAAAAAUGUUUCUUUUUCCUGAAUAUUUAAAUAAUUUUAUCUUCCUUUUUCAUUCUACCUCUCUUGGCCCUGCUCUUUGAUUUACCUAAGCUGUAUGAAUUUCCUGAAGUUUGUUUAGUCUCUUGCAGCUUUAUGCAGGUGAAAUCCUAGUAAAAUGUAUACUCUAUUUUUCAUCCCUAUUACAGUAUCAGUAGACAAUCUACUUCCAUUAGUUUUGUACCUCUUAUUGUACAUCUGUUUUCUGCUGGCUGUACUUUACUCCAUGUGGCUUGUCUGGUUUUCUUGUGUAGUUGGGUCUUUGAUGGUUAACUUUGAUAAUUAACUUCGGAUUAUUGUACCAAAGCAUUGGCCUACUACUUCAUCAUUGGUGUGUUAGGUCUGUAGCCCAUAACUGACCAAGUUUGUAAAGUCUGUGUCUUAUGGCAUAAAUAAACCAUUUGCACUACCCUGA